AUGGAGUUAGAAAAUUUUAAAAAUGAAUAGAUGUUAUUGAUAUCAUUUAGGUAGAUAAGAUUAAGAGAUAAAUUAGAUAAAUAAGGUAAAUAAUUUCUUAAAAAAUAAUAGGAGUUAUCAACAAUAAAAAAGACUUUAUUUUAAUAAGAAAUGGAGGAGGAGAAUAUGAGAGAGAUAUCAGAAUACUGAAUUAAAGUAAUAUAUUGAGUGAAGAAAUUGAUUGGUGGAGAUUCUCAAUUUAAAAAUGA